AUGGCGCGCGACACGAAACCUACAGCUGUUCCUGUGGAGGACACUCCCAUGAAGGACAAAAAGGCCAAAGAAGAGGGAAAAGAAAAAAAAGCAGGCGGAAGUGAUAAAGACAAAAAAGACGAAGUCGAAGAAUUGUCUGAAGAAGAUUUGCAAUUAAAAAGUGAAUUGGAAAUGUUGAUUGAACGAUUAAAGGAAAAUAACCUUGAACUUCACAGACCAGCAUUGGAAAGUUUACGGACCCUGAUCCGCACAUCCACCAGUUCAAUGACUUCGGUUCCAAAGCCAUUAAAAUUUUUGCGGCCUCACUAUGGAUCAGUGGCUGAAAUAUACGAAAGUUGGGAACCAUCUGACAACAAGCUUGCACUCGCCGACAUCUUAUCAGUUUUGGCUAUGACAUAUGAUGAAGGAAAAAGAGAUUCUCUAAAAUACAGAUUACAAGGAUCUCGUGAAGAUCCUGGAUCGUGGGGACAUGAAUAUGUGAGACAUUUAUCUACUGAAAUCGGUCAAGAAUUCUUGCAUCGAUCCGAACAAGAACUUCCCGUAGAUGAUUUGAUGACACUUGCUCUCGAGAUAGUUCCUUUUUUCUUGAAGCAUAAUGCUGAAGCAGAUGCUGUUGACCUAUUAUUAGAGUUAGAAGCAAUUGAUCAGUUACCACAAUUUGUUGAUAAAGAUGCAUACGCGCGCGUUUGUUUGUACAUGGUCAGUUGCGUUAACUUAUUGGUUCCUCCAGAUGAUGUUGCCUUUUUUCGUACCGCACAUACAAUAUAUCGUCAACAUAAUAAGUAUACCGAGGCGGUAUCUCUCGCUGUCCGACUCCAGGAUCUUGAUUUGAUUCGGGAGGAUUUUGAACAAGCUGGAAGAGUGGACCCUUUACUGCAGAAACAAAUUGCUUUUCAUUUGGCAAGAUCUCAUAUAUUGUUAACAACUGAAGACGAAUCAAUUCAGGAAAUAUUAAAUAACACUCAUCUAUCGAAACAUUUCAUCGCACUCGCUAAAGAACUUGAUGUCUAUGAAGCAAAAACUCCUGAGGAUAUCUAUAAAAGUCAUCUGGAAAAUAUCAGGCCCGGAUAUACAAGCGGCAAUGUAGAUUCGGCAAGGCAAAAUCUGGCGUCGACGUUUGUUAAUGCGUUCGUGAAUGCAGGAUUUGGAAAUGAUAAAUUAAUAUCGAUCGAAGAAGGAAAUAACUGGAUUUACAAAAAUAAAGAUCAUGGAAUGCUAAGUGCCGCUGCCUCCCUAGGGAUGAUCAUGUUAUGGGACACUGAUGUUGGUUUAUCACAUAUUGAUAAAUAUACUUUUUCGACGGAAGAUAAUAUCAAGCGCGCUCUUCUCAUAAUCCGUACCUACAACCAAUUGUUGGUUGGUACAAUUGCUAUUAUUUUGAGCAUUGAUUCAUCAACAAAUUGUUCAAUAAUUGCUUGUAGGAUAUUUCAGGCAGGAACUUUUCUUGCCAUUGGUCUUGUACACGCGGGUGUAAGAAACGAAAAUGAUCCUGCUUUUGCAUUGUUGUCCGAACAAAUUGAGAAUAAGUCUGCGAUAAUACGAAUAAGUGCUAUUGUUGGACUUGGAAUGGCAUAUGUCGGAUCACAUGACGACAAAAUACUAGAGUUGCUUUUGCCAAUGGUAAACGACACCACAUUAAGCAUGGAAAUUGCUUCACUGGCCGCUUUAUCUCUAGGAAUGAUAUUUGUUGGUGAAUGUCACGGCGAAAUAACAAGUAUCAUUCUACAAACUAUGAUGGAGCGUGAUGACUCGCAAUUGAAAGAAACCUGGGGAAAGUUUAUGGGACUUGGAUUAGCGUUAUUAUAUCUUGGCAAGCAAGAUGCCGCUGAAGUUACCUUGGAGACUUUAAAGGCUAUUGAUCAUCCCAUUGGAAAACAGAGUGAAAAUCGAUUUCCAAUUUUUUCUACAGGCACUGGAAAUGUGCUAAAAGUGCAAAAAAUGUUACAUCUAUGUAACGACCAUUUAGACAAAGAAAAAGAUGAUGACCUGCAUCAAGCUUUCGCCGUAAUUGGAAUUGCUUUGAUCGCUAUGGGCGAAGAUAUUGGUGCAGAAAUGGCAAUGAGAUCAUUUAACCACUUGAUGCAUUAUGGCGAACCCGUGAUUCGUCGUGCAGUUCCUUUAGCAUUAGGAUUACUCUGUGCUUCAAAUCCUCUUCUAAGUGUGAUGGAGACACUCAGUAAAUAUUCGCAUGACAACGACACUGAAGUUGCGAUAAAUGCUAUAUUUUCUAUGGGUCUUAUCGGAGCGGGAACAAAUAAUGCACGCCUUGCACAAAUGCUAAGGCAAUUGGCUUCUUAUUAUCACAAAGAACCGAAUUGUUUAUUCAUGGUUCGAAUUGCACAGGGUCUCCUACAUAUGGGUAAAGGGACAAUAUCGGUCAAUCCAUUCCAUUCUGAUAGACAAUUGAUGUCUUCAGUCGCGAUUGCUGGUCUAUUGGCAACCAUCAUCGCUUUUACAGAUGCCAAGACGCUUAUUCUGAACAGACACCACUGGUUCCUUUUUUACCUAACCACUGCCAUGUAUCCCCGAUUUUUGAUUACACUCGAUGAAAACUUGAACAGCUUACCCGUGACAGUUCGUGUAGGACAGGAUGAUACUAAUAAUCAUGGUAAUAUGCAGGCUGUUGAUGUGGUGGGACAAGCUGGUCGACCUAAAACUAUUACUGGGUUCCAAACUCAUUCCACGCCUGUCUUGUUGGCGCAUUCAGAACGUGCCGAAAUAGCGACAGAAGAAUAUAUUCCCUUGUCGCAUGUUCUCGAAGGAUUUGUCUUGCUUCGAAAGAAUCCUGAUUUUAUGGAGGAAGAUAAAGAUUAG